ACGUUACAAACUAGUAAUUCCCAGGCAAACAUAAUCAGUUUCAUCUUCUUCCUUAAUUCAAUCUCUCUUCAAUCUUCAAGUAUUAUUUAGAAAAGAAAAAGAAGAAAAACCGAUCUUAAAAUGGGAGAAUCCAUUCCUCCACGACGUAUUUCCGUUCAUCAAUGUCUCGGUGGCGGCUCAGUGGCGGAUGUACUUCUAUGGAAGAAAUGGUGCUCCAGUGUUACGAUUGUGGUGGGUGCAACAAGUCUAUGGAUGUUAUUCGAGCAAGCCGGUUAUAAUUUUCUAUCAUUUGUAGCAAAUGUGUUGUUCCUUCUUCUUGCUAUUCUCUUUUUUUGGGCUAAAUCUGCUUCUCUUCUUAACAGGCCACUGCCUCCUUUGCCUGACCUGGAAAUAUCAGAGGAGACUAUUGUGAAGGUAGCUGGUGUGAUUCAAGUUUAUGCUAAUAUCGCAUUGUCCAUUGCUCGUGAUAUUGCAAUUGGUAGAAAUUUGAAAUUGUUCCUUCAGGUUGCUUUUGGUUUGUGGAUAGUGUCUUAUAUUGGUAGUCUCUGCAAUUUCCUCACUCUUCUCUAUAUUGGGAUUCUCCUUAGCUUUUCAGUACCUGUGCUUUAUGACAAAUAUCAGCACCACAUUGAUGAAAAGCUGUCUGUAACUCACAAAAUUAUUCAAACACAGUAUAGGAAAAUUGAUGAUAGCUUUCUUAAGAAGAUUCCCUUUCCAUUAAACAAGGAAAAGAAGAUUCAGUAGGGUGCGGAGAUUGGUUGUUGCCAUGCGACUCUCUGCAGGUUGUAUUCCACGGGGAUUCCCAGUAUCUGUAUCAAAUAUCAGUUACAGUAAUCUGUAGGAGCAGGACUGACCUAACUAGGUUCACAACUGAGAUAACAUUUGACAUUCAUUGUUUUUUCUGGGUGGCCUUUGUUGUGGUUAAUGUGAUUAACUUGUCAGAGCGAUGUAAUUUAGUUCCCUUUUGACAAAAGAAGAUGAGAAAAUAUGAUACUGGUGUCCCAGUUUUAUAUU